UGCAGCUGGCCACCACCCCGCCCACGGAAUGCACGGCUUCCAACAUCAUCUCGUCGCCCUCAACCAGCCCCAGUGCCGAGCACGCGGACCGCCAGGACGCCUCCUCCCCCGCACCGAACCCUCGUGAGCCUCCCGCCGUCGCGCCGGCAGCGGCGCGCGCCGCGACGAAAGGCGACGCCCCGGCGGCCCCAGCCAUCCACGCCAGCAUGACCAAGAGGAGCGUCUACCACAUGCCACUGAGUCUCUCACACCGCAUCAACGCCUGGCGCCUAUGGCCGGGCGGCAGCGGCAGCGACGCGGCGUCGUACCGCGACGCCGGUGCGCGCCUCGAGACGACCGCCGCGCUCGACGAGGCGCAGAAGCGGUCGCUGGCGUCGAUGGCGCGACAGGGCGCCUUCCGGAGGUACGCGAGGUGGUGGCUGCCGACACUGGGCGGGCUGGCGUCUAGCACAGCCCCCGUGGAUGGUGGGAGCGGCGACCUGGCUUCCGAUGGGUCACUGGCGCCCGACAAGAGACACAUCGGGUCGGUGGCGCGCACGGCUUCGUUCAGACCCUUCGGCCCCAAGCGCAGUCUUGCCUCUCUGGUGCGACAGGGCGGGCCGUUCGACGAAGGCCAGGAACAAAAGCGAGGCCUGUCAUCCAUUGCCAGACAGGGAGGAUGGAUUAAGGACGACCGGAAAGAAAGACGUGGUCUGUCAUCUCUUGCCAGACAGGGGGGAUGGUCUGAAGAUGGACGGGAAGAAAAACGAGGCCUGUCAUCCAUCGCCAGGCAGGGAGGAUUCUUUGGAGAGGACGACCGCGAGCAAAAGCGGGGUCUAUCUUCCAUCGCCAGGCAGGGAGGAUUGUUCCGGGAUGAGGGAGAAGACAAACGAGGAUUGUCCUCCAUCGCCAGACAGGGAGGACUGCUUGGGAUGAGCCGUGGAGAAAAACGAGGUUUGUCCUCCAUUGCCAGGCAAGGAGGAUUAUUCGACAACGCUCUAGACGAGAAGCGAGGCCUGUCCUCUCUCACCAGGCUGGGAGUGUAUGGAGACAGCCACGACGAGGCGAAACGAGCCCUGUCCGCUAUCGCCAGGCAGGGCAUGUACCGCGGCAGAUACCCGUCGAGAAAACGAGGUUUGUCGUCGCUCGUCAGACAGGGAUCGUGGGUCGGCGAGAGGAGACAGCAUAAACGGAGCCUGGCGUCAGUCAUCCGACAAAGUAGCAUCAGCGACGACCCGUCAUGGGUGAAACGAGGUUUGGCGUCAGCUCUCAGCCAUGGGUUUGUGGAUAACGACAUCUACGCGAAGCGAGGCUUGGCGUCAAUCGCCAGGCAGCGAGGACUGAGCGACGGCGUCGACGACAAGCGAAGCCUGGCGUCCCUCGCCAGAGCAGAAGCACUCGGCGAUCGCGGCGAGCGGAAGCGAAGCAUCGGCUCGAUCGCGCGUCAGGGCGGCUUCAUCGACGGGAUUGAAACUCGAGCGAGCUUCCGCCACUCGCCGGCAGAGGGUGACGACGGCGACGACGCCGAGGACGCCGAGGACGCCCGGGCGGCGCGCCUGGUUCGGCCCGGCUGGAGGGUGCCCUACGACGUUGGGCCAAGAGCGGACGCCGACGACGCGCCGCCCGAGGAGCGCCAAAAACGGUACGCGAGGAAGCCAACGCCACCGGCGACAGCCGCCGCCGGAGCAGCCGAUCCUGGGCCCGACUCGCAGCUCCUGCCGCCGGCGGAGGACGCCUCCUUCCGGCUGGCAGGGGCCGCGACCUCCGAGACCCAGGAGGCGCACGGCCGUGGGAAGCGGAGCGUGGACGACGACCUGGAGUACCCGGCGCUGGGCCAGCCGCUCUGGGAGUACGGCGACGAGGCGCCCGAGCCUGUCGAGCUCUACCUGAACGGCGUCACCCCACCCGUGAAGCGCCACCUGGGCUCCCUGGUGCGGGCCUACAUGAUGCCGGCCGGCUACCGCAACGGCUGGAUGUCCCGCUUCGGCCGUGACGGUCCGCAGCAGCGGCCCAGCUCCAGACUCUGGUCACUCCGAGAAUAAGCGCUUGGCUGGGCCGGUAGCAGGAGAGGCGGCGCGUGAGGCGUGAGGCGGCGUUCCUGCGACAGCCGUCACCGGCACAUGGACACCGAAGAAGAGCGACCCUCCGGAGGCGAGGCGCCGGGAACAGUGUCUGAAGUGUGUAGCGUAUCUGAGUCGUGGCCCACAGGUCUCACCAACCGCGGGCGAAUAUGGGAUCAAGACAUGACGCGACGUCGGGCCGCGUGAACCCCGCGACGCAACUAUAUUACAUGUUACUGUUUAAGGGCGCGGCGUGUUAUGUCAGCUUUGCAUGUGUACCGGACCGCAUGUGAUGAGGUGAGGCCAAGCUACCCGCCAUACUAAACACAUGUGUCAACAUCGCUAAUCCCCCCGCACCAUAGACCGUCAGGGACUUUCCUGCUCCGUGAGUCUCCCGCGAUCUCAGCUAGGCCAUGACGCCACGGCGUCAACAGAAUAGACUCAGCGAGGCGCGCUCGUGGCACGAGCCACCUCCGGCUGAUUACGGACAUGGCACGGCCAUCCGGUCCGCGGCACAUCUCCAGCGAGAACGACGGGCCCUGUCCGUUCAUGGUCGAUGUAGAAAUAAAUAAGUGUGCGGCAAAAC